UUAACAAGAAAGGAAGUGUUCAGACGCAAUAAGAAAAGGAAUCCAUUUUAAGUGCAUAACUGUAAAAAAAAAGUUUACAUAUAUAUUCAAAAGUUCAAGGAAUCUUCUAAUUCCCAUUUUAAAUAAGUUGUGAGAGUAAGAUAAUACCAACAUGCAGAUUUUUGUGAAGACCUUGACUGGAAAAACCAUUACCUUGGAAGUUGAAGCCUCCGACACCAUUGAGAAUGUGAAGGCCAAGAUCCAAGACAAGGAGGGCAUUCCCCCAGACCAGCAGCGUCUGAUCUUUGCCGGAAAGCAGUUGGAAGAUGGACGCACCCUGUCUGACUACAACAUUCAGAAAGAGUCGACCCUUCACUUGGUGCUCCGUCUCCGCGGUGGCAUGCAAAUCUUCGUCAAGACGUUGACAGGCAAGACCAUUACCCUGGAAGUCGAGGCUUCCGACACUAUUGAGAAUGUAAAGGCCAAGAUCCAAGACAAGGAGGGCAUUCCCCCAGACCAGCAGCGUCUGAUCUUUGCCGGAAAGCAGUUGGAAGAUGGACGCACCCUGUCUGACUACAACAUUCAAAAGGAGUCGACCCUUCACUUGGUGCUCCGUCUCCGCGGUGGCAUGCAAAUCUUCGUCAAGACGUUGACAGGCAAGACCAUUACCCUGGAAGUCGAGGCUUCCGACACUAUUGAGAAUGUGAAGGCUAAGAUCCAAGACAAGGAGGGCAUUCCCCCAGACCAGCAGCGUCUGAUCUUUGCCGGAAAGCAGUUGGAAGAUGGACGCACCCUGUCUGACUACAACAUUCAAAAGGAGUCGACCCUACAUUUGGUGCUCCGUCUCCGCGGUGGCAUGCAAAUCUUCGUCAAGACGUUGACAGGCAAGACCAUUACCCUGGAAGUCGAGGCUUCCGACACUAUUGAGAAUGUGAAGGCCAAGAUCCAAGACAAGGAGGGUAUUCCCCCAGACCAGCAGCGUCUGAUCUUUGCCGGAAAGCAGUUGGAAGAUGGACGCACCCUGUCUGACUACAACAUUCAAAAGGAGUCGACCCUUCAUUUGGUGCUCCGUCUUCGCGGUGGCAUGCAAAUCUUCGUCAAGACUUUGACAGGCAAGACCAUUACCCUGGAAGUCGAGGCUUCCGACACUAUUGAGAAUGUGAAGGCCAAGAUCCAAGACAAGGAGGGUAUUCCCCCAGACCAGCAGCGUCUGAUCUUUGCCGGAAAGCAGUUGGAAGAUGGACGCACCCUGUCUGACUACAACAUUCAGAAAGAGUCGACCCUUCACUUGGUGCUCCGUCUCCGCGGUGGCAUGCAAAUCUUCGUCAAGACGUUGACAGGCAAGACCAUUACCCUGGAAGUCGAGGCUUCCGACACUAUUGAGAAUGUGAAGGCCAAGAUCCAAGACAAGGAGGGCAUUCCCCCAGACCAGCAGCGUCUGAUCUUUGCCGGAAAGCAGUUGGAAGAUGGACGCACCCUGUCUGACUACAACAUUCAAAAGGAGUCGACCCUUCAUUUGGUGCUCCGUCUUCGCGGUGGCAUGCAAAUCUUCGUCAAGACGUUGACAGGCAAGACCAUUACCCUGGAAGUCGAGGCUUCCGACACUAUUGAGAAUGUGAAGGCCAAGAUCCAAGACAAGGAGGGCAUUCCCCCAGACCAGCAGCGUCUAAUCUUUGCCGGAAAGCAGUUGGAAGAUGGACGCACCCUGUCUGACUACAACAUUCAAAAGGAGUCGACCCUUCAUUUGGUGCUCCGUCUUCGCGGUGGCAUGCAAAUCUUCGUCAAGACGUUGACAGGCAAGACCAUUACCCUGGAAGUCGAGGCUUCCGACACUAUUGAGAAUGUGAAGGCCAAGAUCCAAGACAAGGAGGGCAUUCCUCCAGACCAGCAGCGUCUAAUCUUUGCCGGAAAGCAGUUGGAAGAUGGACGCACCCUGUCUGACUACAACAUUCAAAAGGAGUCGACCCUUCAUUUGGUGCUCCGUCUUCGCGGUGGCAUGCAAAUCUUCGUCAAGACGUUGACAGGCAAGACCAUUACCCUGGAAGUCGAGGCUUCCGACACUAUUGAGAAUGUGAAGGCCAAGAUCCAAGACAAGGAGGGCAUUCCCCCAGACCAGCAGCGUCUGAUCUUUGCCGGAAAGCAGUUGGAAGAUGGACGCACUCUGUCUGACUACAACAUUCAAAAGGAGUCGACCCUUCAUUUGGUGCUCCGUCUUCGUGGUGGCAUGCAAAUCUUCGUCAAGACGUUGACAGGCAAGACCAUUACCCUGGAAGUCGAGGCUUCCGACACUAUUGAGAAUGUGAAGGCCAAGAUCCAAGACAAGGAGGGCAUUCCUCCAGACCAGCAGCGUCUAAUCUUUGCCGGAAAGCAGUUGGAAGAUGGACGCACCCUGUCUGACUACAACAUUCAAAAGGAGUCGACCCUUCAUUUGGUGCUCCGUCUUCGCGGUGGCAUGCAAAUCUUCGUCAAGACGUUGACAGGCAAGACCAUUACCCUGGAAGUCGAGGCUUCCGACACUAUUGAGAAUGUGAAGGCCAAGAUCCAAGACAAGGAGGGCAUUCCCCCAGACCAGCAGCGUCUGAUCUUUGCCGGAAAGCAGUUGGAAGAUGGACGCACCUUGUCUGACUACAACAUUCAGAAGGAGUCCACCCUGCAUUUGGUGCUCCGUCUCCGUGGUGGCUGCCAGGCUUAGUUUAGUCAUAAUAAUGCAUAUUCCAAAUAAAUAUUCAAGCAAUCAAGAAAUUUA